ACUUACGUCAGGAGCUGCCGUUUGGCUUCGCUCCUACGAGGGACAGUGCUGUUCAAGGCGAGAGGUUGCAGCGUCAGGGGAUGAGCAAAGGAGACAAUGUGGAUUCUUUCGUUUGCGUUGUUAUUAUUGAAUUUGCACGUGCUUGAAGGUACUCGGCUGCACUGUGACGAGGGUCAGUUUCAAUGCAAGAACAAUCGGUGCAUCGCGUUACUUUGGCGCUGUGAUGGAGACGACGACUGUAUGGACAACAGCGAUGAGGACGACUGCCCUAAGAACACUUGUGCCGCAACGCAUUUUACCUGUGACAAUGGAGAAUGCAUCUCGGGGAACUGGCGCUGUGACGGAGAAGAAGAAUGUACAGAUGGUUCAGAUGAGGCAGAUAAAUUGUGCAAUAAAGUUACGUGCCCACCGGACACAUUUGGCUGUUCCAGAAACAGAUGUAUCCCACUUUCGUGGCAGUGUGACGGUCAGAAGGACUGUGGAAAUGGAACCGACGAGUUGCAUUGUGCAGAUGAUAAGAAGACCUGCUCGGCCAAUGAAUUCUUAUGUGAUAAUGAUAAGUGCAUCACCAUGCUGUUUGUUUGCGAUGGGGACGACGACUGUGGUGAUGGCACAGAGGAGCGAGACUGCUCUCCACCUUCCUGUGGAGCCCACGAGUUCCAGUGCAACAGCUCCAUCUGCAUCCCCGAGCUGUGGGCCUGCGAUGGCGACGUGGACUGUCCCGACGGCUCGGACGAGAGCGUGGAGAGUUGCGGCCAUUCAGCGACUCCGAAGCCGACGGGCGCUUGCUCAGCCAGCGAGUUUCGGUGCACAAACGGCGAGUGCAUCCACUUCAACUGGAAAUGUGACGGAAACGUAGACUGCAAGGACAGAUCAGAUGAAACUGGCUGUCCAAAGGUAACUUGCCAGCCCGAUGAAUUCCAGUGUGGCGAUGGGAGUUGCAUUCAUGGCUCCAAGCAGUGUAACCAGGUCUUUGACUGUCCAGACCGCAUCGAUGAGCUAGACUGCAAAACUGUGAGCCCCUGUAAAGGACAUUCAAAGUUUCUGUGUGGAAGUGGAGAGUGCAUUGAUUCAAAGAAAGUCUGUGACUCUCACAAGGACUGCAAAGACUGGUCAGAUGAACCACUUAAAGAAUGUGGAUUGAAUGAGUGCCUGACCAACAAUGGUGGCUGCUCCCACACGUGUAGAGACUUGAAGGUCGGAUAUGAAUGUGAAUGCCCAGCCGGAUACACACUGCUAGACUCAAAGACAUGUGGAGAUAUAAAUGAAUGCGAAGAUCUAGACCGAUGCAGCCAGAUCUGCACUAACAUUAAAGGAGGGUACAAGUGCACCUGCUUCCAAGGUUAUGAGAUGGAUCCAAUGACCGAGAGUUGUAAAGCAGUGGGUCAAAGCCCUUCUGUUCUCUUCACAAACAGCCAUGAUAUCAGAAUGAUUAAUUUGUUGAAGAAAGAAUACACUCGUCUUGUCUCCACAUUAAAGAAUGCAGUCUCCCUAGAUGUGGAUGUUGAAGAAAAUAAAAUAUAUUGGAUCGACCUGUACUACAAAGUGAUCUAUAGUGCACCUUUGGAUAAAGGUAGUGAUUCUGGCCAACAUAUCCGUCUGAUUGACCAAGACCUCCAAAUUCCUGAAUGCCUAGCAAUAGACUGGAUUCACAAAAAUAUAUAUUGGACAGACUCUGGCUCCAGCUCUAUCUCUGUGGCCACCACAGAUGGAACCAAAAGGAAGACGCUUAUCAAUACCGAGCUUGAGAAUCCCCGAGCCAUCGCAGUUGACCCAGUUCGAGGGUUCAUGUAUUGGUCUGACUGGGGCAGCCCUGCAAAGAUCGAGAAAGCUGGACUAAAUGGGGUUGAUCGUCAGUCUCUAGUCAAGGAGAAUAUUGAAUGGCCAAAUGGAAUCACAUUAGAUUUACUGAACCAACGGUUGUAUUGGGUUGACUCCAAACUGCACCAGCUGUCCAGCGUUGACCUGAAUGGUGGCAACAGAAAAACAUUGCUGUUCUCAGAAGAAUACUUGACUCACCCAUCUGCACUUGCUGUGUUUGAGGACAAGAUUUACUGGACUGACAAUGAGCAUGACUCUAUCUACUGUGCAAAUAGACUGAAUGGGGAAGAUAUUAUGUUACUUGCAAAUAACCUGAACAAUGUACACGACGUUGUCAUUCUUCAUGAACUAAAACAACCCAAAGCUGUAAACUUCUGUGUACAUGGCAGUACAACUAAGGGAGGGUGCCAGUAUCUGUGUUUGCCUGCUCCCCAAAUCAGCAACCACUCUCCAAAGUACACGUGUGCCUGCCCUGACGAUAUGGAACUUGGGCACGAUAUGAGAAAGUGUUACAGAGUUGGAGGGCUUCCCUCAGUGACCAGCAACAAGUCAACUCCAAAAUCCGACGCGCCUUUCUCCAGUGUCUGGGGUCCUGCAGAUACAACUACAAUGCCUGGUGCAGUGGUUCUGAACAGUGUCACAGGAGGCCCUCAGUGGCCUUUUCCUUUUGAGGCAAACAGCACUGACGCAGACAGCUUGAUCCGCAGUAACAGGUCCUCACCGUUAUCAGCCAACCAGGGAAAAGACAAGAAGUCAACUUCAACCAAUGCUAUUGUGGGAAUUGUCACUCCUAUAGUGAUCAUUAGUUUGGUUUGCCUGGGAGGCUUUCUGAUAUGGAGGAACUGGAGAAAGAAGAACACUAAAAGUAUGAACUUUGACAAUCCAGUCUAUAGAAAAACAACAGAAGAGGAAGAAAUAGAGGAGACCCAAAUUGGAAGGAAUGGGCAGAUUGGCCACGUGUACCCUGCACGUGUUGCUCUCAGUAUGGAGGACGAUGGAUUACCCUGAGACAAAUCGUGUCGCAUCUACUUGACCUACAGAUUCCCCACAUCAAACGAUGCAGCAGCUGUACCAGUCAAGAUUGGAUGCCCAGUCACCAGAGAGAAAAUUUCUAACAUCUAAAUGAUGUGUAUUUUUGUACUAGCAGAUCAUUUUUAUACUAUAAAUGAAACACAAAAAAGGGACUUUUUUUUUGCACUGAUUGAACACCAGAAAGAAAUGACACUGGCUAUAAGUGUCAACUCCAAUUCCUUACAUUUGUAUAGAAUAAUGCUGCACUUGCACGCAGAACCCCUUCACAGCUAUAUUUCUAUCUUUUUGUAAAUAGUCUUAACAGUACUCGUUGCAGUUUGAAGUUUUGCUGAGAGCUUAAUUUGUUGAAGCUCCCCAUUGGCAUAAACUACACAGGAUUGAAAAAAAACAGGUAUUUAUUUAUGGAUUUACUUCCUGGACAGACAUGGUUAUGUACAUAUGAAAUGAAAUAGAAAAUAUUUUACUGCUGCUGCAUUUUGCCUUUUCUGUACAGUGGAGCCUUAUUUGCAUAUGUUUAUACAAAAGGAGAAUGUAUUUAUAAAAUUGGGAAAUGUGUGGAUGCUUGCUUCUUUAUGUAUUUGUCUGACUCAAGCAGAGCAAAUUUCUUUGAAGGGACAAACUGGAAUGUCCAAUUAACUAUAAGUGAAUGCUCGCUGCAUAUUUGCUCUGCUAUGAAUUUAAUUUUGUUUUCAAAUCUCUGCAAUUUUUUGUAGUUCAGUUGUUAAAAGUUUUUCAUUUCAUAACUUAAAUGUAACUGUUCUGAUAUUUGAAUGGAGAAUGGAAUAACCUGGUAUUGAGCCUACAGAGCAUUGGCUAAUGCCCCUUUAGGAGGAGAAAGGAGAGAUAAAAAGCAAUCAGUCGUAAUGCAUUCACAGUGAGUACUGUCAGAAAUUUCAGAUGUGGAACUUGUGCAGCCUAAAGUUCUACCUAUGAUAAGUUUCAUGGGUGAGAAAUGGAAAUAUGGUAGAAGGGCUAUGGGUGAUCUCUCAGUACCCUCAAGGGAUGUUUGAAGAGCGAGAAGGGUGAUGUCAGGAGGAAACACAUUUAGUAUAAAAUGUACAUAUUGGAUCUGCAGUACAGAUCAAGUAAAAGUCUGCCUUUUGAAUAACUUUAAGACUGAUUUCCUUAAAAUAGCCAAAGGUUUUGUAAGAGAUGCAUUAAAAUGGUUUUCUUUUCUAAACCUGAUACAAUAUUUUUCUGAGGUGAGGUGGAAAUCUAUCAAAUUUGUAUCUGGUUUCCCUGUAUAUUUGCAUAUUUGUAAUAUUUGAUCUGUAUUGAUGUUGAGAGGGGAAUUUUGGUUGUGUUUUUACCUUGAUCAGGAUAUCUUGUAAAGCAGAUUUCUAUGGCUUGUAUUUGUAUUAAAUUUGAAGUUGGUAACCCAAGAUUAAGAACAUUAAAGUAGUCACCUAGAACAAGCCUGGCUAAACUCUUU